AUGAGUACCAUGCAGAAGAUUAAAGCUACCCUCAAGGGGGACCACGUUUUUGACCAGACGGAUGUCUCUGACCUCCAGGGGAGGACUGCUCUGGUGACUGGAGGUACCAAUGGCAUUGGAUUCGAGGUAGCCAGAGGGUUGGCGUUGUCCAAAGCUCGCGUCCUGCUCUUGUCAAGAAAGGCUGACAAGGGGGAGGAGGCGAUCGAGAAGAUCAGGAAGGAGAGCAACCCGACCGCGGAUAUCGAAUUCAUCGAGUGCGACUUGGGUAACCUGAAGCAAGUGAAAGAAGUGGCGGAUAGGAUCAGGGAGAAGGAGCCCCGACUUGAUCUGCUCAUUGCGGACGCUGGGAUCGGCGUCAACAAAUUUGACGUCACAGUCGACGGCUACGACCGCCACUUCGCCGUCAACCACCUGGGGCACUACCUCCUCAUCAACCGCCUCUUACCGCUCGUGCGCAAGACCGCUGCUAUCCCCGACGCGCCUACGCCUCGCAUCAUCUUGGUAGCAUCCGAGCGGCACCACUCCGCCCCCAGCGACGUCAAGUUCGCGUCGGAAGAGGAGAUAACGGAGAAAGGCGCGAGCCUUGGGCCGAACAACCUCUACGCGCGGUCGAAGCUCGCCACGAUCCUGUUCACCAAGUUCGGUCUCGUCCAGCGCGUCCUGGUGCCCAACGGCGACCGCAUCAUCGCCUUCGCCACGCACCCCGGUCCCGUCGCCACGGACCAGCCGAAGCAGCUGGAGGAGGCGUACGGCAAGGUGCUGGGCGGGAUUAUGAAGAACCUGGUUGUGCCGUUCAUGCGGGACCCCGAGCAGGGGAGCCUGAGCACGCUCUGGGCGGCGACGAGCCCUGGGAUUGAGCAGAAGGAGUGGAGCGGGCUGUACUUUACCAACCCUGGGGAGGUCGGGAAGGAGUCGAAGCUGGCGGACGAUGGCGAGGUCGGGAAGAAUUUGUGGGAGCUCAGUGAGCGGAUGGUGACCAAGGCGGUCGGUCCGGACGCUCUGCUGCCCUGGAACGAGGGCGUGGUGACGAAGUUCUAGGAGGUGAAGGUAUUUAGGCGUGAUAAGUCAAUAAUGGAAUGUACAUUAGUAUCUUAAAGCUUGUAGUAGUUUUAGCAAGGGAUAUGACCACCUGCGUUCAUGGGCAUGCUUAUGGUGAUAUAGGCCUGCCUGCCAAGUCAAUUGGUGUAUGAC